CCAGUUCCUGCAGAUGCGUGCCUGAGGAGCAGCAGGGCUCCUGGCCCGUGGUCCUCACCGUGAUCAGAGGGUCCCUCAUGGGGGCUGGCUUCCUCCUCACUUAUGGCCUCACCUGGAUCUACUACACCAGGGACCUGGACCCAGGCUCUGCCCUGUCAGACGCAGACAUGGUGCCCCUGCUGCUGCUGCCCCUGCUGUGGGGAGGGUCCCUUCAGGACAAUUCCGGGUUCAAGCUCCAAGUGCAGAAGUCAGUGAGAGUGCAGGAGGGUCUGUGCGUCGUCGUGCCCUGCUCCUUCUCCUAUCCCUGGAAUUCGUGGUAUAACCCUGCCGAACUCUACGUGUACUGGUUCUGGAAGGGGUCCAACACACACCGCAACAGUCUUGUGGCCACGAACGACCUAACCAAAGCAGUGUCCGUGGAGACCCAGGGCCGAUUCUACCUCCUCGAGGACCCCAUGACCAACAACUGUUCUCUGAGCAUCAGAGACGCCAGGAAGAGUGACACAGGAAACUACUUCUUCCGAGUGGAGAGAGGAUAUUUUGUGAAACAUAAUUACCUUGAUGAGACGCUUAAUUUGAAGGUGACAGUCCUGACAGAGAAGCCUGACAUCCACGUACCGGAGGGCCUGGAGUCCGGCCGCCCCACGCGCCUGACCUGCAGCCUGCCAGGGUACUGUGGAGGCGGGAGUCUCAGCUUCUCUUAGACGGGGGCCGCUCUAGACUCUCUGAAGCCCCAGAGCCUCAGCAACUCCUCCGUGCUCACCCUCACCCCGAGGCCCAGGGACCACGGCACCAAACUCACCUGUGAUCGGGUGAUCACAGAGAAAACCGUCAGGCUCAAUGUCUCCUAUGCCCCACAGAACCUCACCAUCAGCAUCUUCUUCAGAAAUGUCACAGAGAUGACGAGAUAUGUGGAGAACGCAAGGAAUGGCUCAUCUCUUCCAGUCCUGGAAGGGGACGCCCUGCGCCUGGUCUGUGCUGCUGACAGCAACCCUCCUGCCACACUGAGCUGGGCCCAGCGGGGCGAGACCCUAAGCCCCUCCCAGCCUUCAAGCCCCGGGAUCCUGGAGCUGCCCCGGGUGGAGUCAGGGCAUGAAGGCGAAGUCACCUGCCGAGCUCAGUACCCGGGGGGCUCCCUGCACGUCUCUCUAUACCUCUCUGUGCAGAACCCCCCACAGCUGCUGGGACCCUCCUGCUCCUGGGAGGACGCGGGGCUGCACUGUAGCUGCUCCUCCCAUGCCCGGCCGGCCCCCUCCCUGCGCUGGCGGCUGGGGGAGCAGCUGCUGGAGGGGAACCUCAGCAAAGCCUCCCUCACCGUCACCUCCACUUCAGCCGGGCCCUGGGCCAACAGCUCCCUGAGCCUCCGCGGGGGGCUGAGCUCCAGCCUCAGACUCAGCUGCGAGGCCCAGAAUGCCUACGGGGCCCGGAGCGACGCUGUCCUGCUGCUGCCAGGGAAGUCGGGGUCCCUGGAGGGCGUGGUUCCUGGGGCGCUUGGAGGUGCUGGCGCCAUGGCCCUGCUGUCCCUGUGUCUGUGCCUCAUCUUCUUUUGCAUACUGAAAGCCCGCAGGAAGCAAGCAGCCGGAAGACCGAAGGGCAAGGACGAUGAAGACCCUGUCAUGGGUACAGUCUCCUGGGGUUCCAAGCACAAGCCCUGUCCGGACGGCCCCCAAGACCAAGCGCCACCUGCUGAGGAGUCCCCUCCUCCAGAGGGGCAGCAGGAUAUCUACUACGCCAACGUCACCUUUCUCAGGAGGCAGUCACAGGAGCCUCAGGACCGGGAGGCCAGCAGCACCACCGAGUACUCAGAGAUCAACAAAAGCAAAUGAGGCCUCAUCCAGGACUUGGGGCUGGCGGAGGAGCCUCGACCCGCUGGGGGAAGGAAGUCAGUGAGUAAGCGAUGAAGCCCGGGGAGACUUGGUGGCAAUGCUAACGAAGAAACAGGUGACAGGGCUAACAAGACUUGGGCUCAAAGGCAGGCUUCAGCACCUCCUGAGCCAUCUUUAGCAAGCGUUUCGCUUCAUUUCUCUGUUGCUCCGUUUGCCAUUCUGUGCCUCCGAGGUCAUGCAUCCAACCUCGAAGGUGAUGGUGAGCAUUAAAGGUUCAGUGCACGGACAUCAACGCACACGGGUCCUGUCGCACGGUGUGUGCUCAGGGUUUGCGGGUCUCUCUCUCUCUCUCUCUCUCUCUCUCUCUCAACAGACAGGUCCUGCUUGCAAGUUACCCUGAGGCCCGGGGGGUGACCGGGCAUGGAGAACAAGGUGGCAACAUGUUGGUGUCACUCUCCUCCCCAGAACUCUUUGAAGCCUCCCCCGGUUAAGACCAGCCCCUCAGCCUCGCGCUCGGUUCGUGACAUGGUAUCUCAUAGGCUCUCUGGGGUCAUCUCGUUGCCCCACUUUGACCUGUCAGUUCUUCCAGCACAUUCCUUCGCCUCCCGAUCUCCAGUCCCUUCCCUAUUCGGUUACGGGCCCCAUGGGGAUGGCUCUUUGUGACGGCUGUCAAAGUCGACUGGAUGUUUUCUCACUAGAAAAAAUAUUCAUUCAGAGAAAAAGCAAGCAGGAAGCCUUUCUUCCAGAGGGGAAGAGGAAGCUAAAGGGAGGGGCUGUAAUGACCACAGAGCCUUGUUGUGACAUCUAGUUCUUCCCCGGGGAGCUCUCGGGACCAAUGUGGGGUGUGAGCGCUCCUCCCACAGCACCGCCUCCCGCCAUUCCUGUCCUGGGUUAAGGUCUCUGCGGCAAAUCUGGAUGAGCGACAGCUGCCCCCGACUCUCUCCUACACGAGCCCCUUCCCAACCCCCCUGGCCUUAGACAGAACACCACAGGUGUCUUGCCCUGACGUUUAUCUGCUCCCCAGCCCUCUCCUCCCGGCCUUUGUUCCUUCGACCAGCCGCGCUGGUCCACACCAAGGGAUUUGCCAUUCGAGAUCCCCCUGCUGGAGGCCGCGCCACAUUGCUUGCUCCUGAGUUACACCAUCCCGUCCUUCCAACCGUAGUUUGUGGACAGAUUUGGGGUGAGGGGGUGGACUGAAGAAAGAGCUCAUUCUCUCCCUCCGCUAGAGCUGAACUAAUUUAACUUUUAAAAAGAAAGCACGAAAACAGAAAGUUGCAAUUCGCCAGCAGUGUUAUGGUGUAAGCUUUUUUUCGAUUGUGAGUUCCUGAUGUUAAGCCCUCGAUCGCCGAGGCGCCCCCCCAUCCAUUUCUGAGACGUCCGUCUGGGAUAAGCACAUUGCCAGCUACAACAGCUGGAUGAAGAGCCAGACUGUCCCAUCCGUGAAGUUCCCCCUUUUAGAAAGUCUUGGGUGACCUAGAUAACUGUCCCCUACCCGUGCUUUAAUUCCCUGUCUUAUGUUUACGAUUGGCCAGUGGUCCACCUGGGAAAACCUAGGCCCUUCACCGUCCAUCCCAAUAGAGGCAGAGCCCCAGGUUCUCUCCCUCUCUCUAUCUCUGUCUGUCGCUGUCUCUCCCACUCCCUCCAUCCUCCCCCUACCCCCCAAUACCUUGCUGGGGGGCCCUCGGGCGUGUUGUGUAUCCUUCGGGACCUGUGAGUGCAGUCGUCCCCCAGGAGAUAUGUUCCAAGUUCCCCAGUGGAUGCUUGAAACCACAGAUAGUACCAAACCCUGUAUAUAUGAUGAUUGUUCCUAUACAUAUGUACCCAUGAUAAAGGUUAAUUUACAGAUUAACGACAGUAACGAGAAUAAAAUAGAAGAGUUAUAACAA